UUCACCUUCACUUAUGAAAAGUAAGAGGCAGGAUAAUGUAAAUUAGCUGUGAUUAAAGUAUUAAAAUAUUUAAAAAAUGAUAAAGUGAUGUAUUAAAUUUACAAGUAAAUAAAUUGCCUCACACUGUAUCAGUCAGUACAUUGCCAAAGAAGCUAGUGAUUGUUUCGGUUCAAACAUUUUUAUAUCUCAUCCGGUUACAUUUAGAAGAAGAGAAGUUAUCAUCAUGAGUAAUCAAGAAAACUUGGAAAUGGCCCACAGGCAACAUGUGAAAUAUUUCAUGCGGUUCCUAGAUAUUUUGCCUUCAUCAUUGUCUUCACAUGAUACUACGAGGGUAACAAUAGCAUAUUUCUCUGUAGGCGGGCUGGAUGUGCUGGGUUCCAUCACAUCCAUAUCUGUAGAGCUGAGGUCCCGGAUUAUAGAAUGGCUGUAUCAUCUUCAAGUGCAUCCCAAUAAAGAGACUGGAGACAUGUCAAUGUGUGGCUUCCAGGGGUCGUCAACCAUAAAUAUAGAACUACAUCCCGAAAACGCGCACUACCUCUGCGGGCAUCUCGCCAUGACUUACACUGCACUAUGUACCCUGGUCACACUUGGGGACGACCUUAGCCGAGUCAACCGGAGGGCGUUAGUAGAAGGUGUAAAGGCGCUUCAGACAGAAGAAGGCAACUUCGCAGCGACACUGUCUGGCUGUGAGUCCGACAUGCGGUUCGUGUACUGCGCGGCCUGCAUCAGCUACAUACUCGACGACUGGUCCGGCUUCGACAAGGAGAAGGCGGCCGACUACAUCAUCAAGUCUAUAGGCUACGACUACGGCAUCGCCCAGUGUCCCGAGCUGGAGUCCCACGGCGGCACCACGUACUGCGCGCUCGCCACCCUGCAGCUCACGGACCAGCUGCACAAGCUCUCCGACCGCCAGAUCGAGGGCCUCCAGCGCUGGCUCGUGCUCCGCCAGAUAGACGGCUUCCAAGGCCGCCCCAACAAACCUGUCGACACCUGCUACAGUUUCUGGGUAGGCGCGUCACUUAAAAUGCUCAAAACAUUAAAAUACACCAACUACGGUAGCAAUAGGAGCUACGUGUAUGAAACGCAGGACGUCAUCGUCGGGGGCUUCUCGAAAUGGCCGGACACUUGCACGGAUCCUAUGCAUACUUAUUUAGGUUUGGCCGGGCUUAGUUUGAUAGGCGAGAAGGGGCUUUUGAAGAUAGUGCCGACACUAAAUAUCACUAAGCGGGCGUUUGAACAUUUGCAGAGUUUACACGACCAAUGGGCCAAGGAGUCAUAGUGAUGGCAUAGUUUCUUAGGCGUAGGAUACAUGGGGUCGCGUGGAAAAUUCGAGCGUUUUGCCUACUGGCAUGAAAACAGUUGUCGAUUGUAGACUUUAUUUCAACCAGAUAAGGUCUACAAAUGUUUAGUUAGACCGGCAUAUAAAAGUUUUGGUUGGGAAGACCGUUAUAGAGAGAAAGCGCUCUUUUGUAUUAUACGCUCAGACACAGAAAGGAAAAGCUUCCGUGCUCUACCGAUCUUCUGUAAGUGUAGUAUGUAUACAAGUGCAAUAGUUUGUAGCGACGAAUGAGCUUGUAGACGAUCUUACCUGAUAUAUGUGACGUUCCACGGCAAAAGGUACCUUAUGGGGGCUGGCGCUUAUGUCGCAUAGCUCCGCAGUAAUAUUGGAGCGGCGUUAAUAAUAGCGUAAGCGCCAACCGCCAUAAGGUACCUUUACCCGUGGGACGUCACAUAUGGUCUUCUCCACCUUUACCUUAAUUGCGUCAUUGUUACUAGAUACACUCAGCGUCAUAUAGUAGGUAGCAUCCAAAGUACUACUACCAAUACCAUCUACUGCUACCAAUACUAGUAGUAUUACUUUGGAUGCUACCUACUAUACGAAGCUGACUGUACUAUCAUCAAGGUCCAAAUCGGUUAAUAGAGUCAGACCUAGCUAAGUUGGCAGCGAUUUUGAUAGCACAGACUGUGCAAGUGUUAAGUAAACGUCAUUAUUUUAUAGAAGUUAAAAUAACACUUGCACAGUCUAAGCUAUCAAAAUCGCUGCCUUAACUUGAUCUAACUGUAUAUAGGGCAACGCUGCGAAACGCGAUUUCGUGUAUACUGCAUUUAAUUCUGUUAUCUUGUUAAAAUCAGAUUAGAAAGAUAUUGUAAGAUGUUUCAUCAUUUUAAUAAGUUCGCGAUUUAUGCGAAGCUGGCACAAAUCUGAAUUAAGAUAUGGGUCUGUAUUUAGAUGAAAAUUUGUUUUGCUGUGUGACAUAUCUCUAGAUCUAUUAUUUUUAUGGAUUGUUUACAUACUUUAAUUAAACAAUUUUUAUGGAUUGUUUAACCUUUUGGACGCCAACGACAAAGACCGAUUAAUCGGUCACAGACCACAGAGCAACAUAGACCUACGUGCAUAUGCAUUAAGUUCAAGACGUCCGACUGACAGCUUUUGUGUUUGAGACGGCGUCGGAAAGGUUAAAACAUAAAAAUUUCUACUGUAUCUUUUCUAAAUGAAUGUGUAUUUUAAAUUUUAAUGUUCAAUGUUCCUGUAUGAAAUGCAUUUGGUUUUAUAAACUAUGGAUAAGUACUUAAAGGUCGGUGCAUACGUUACGGGGGUGAAUCAACUAUUUCUUGUAAUUCUGUACCGUCACCUAGGCAACAAUAGCGGCUCAGUUUGUUAGAAGAACACUUGUAUAGUGCGACAAGAAAUUGUAUAACCCUCCUUUUGCGUUGCCGUAGUCGGGUAAUAAAUAUUGAGAGCGCCACUUCCUACGUACGAGUAACUGUCACAUUUUUGACGUAAAAUUCUUAAACAUGGCAACAAUUUAGUAUGGAAUUUUUUUUAGUUCCAUUUUAUUUAAUUUCUACUAUUUUAUGUCGCCCUAUACCUCGUUAUACUGACGUGCUUGGUAGAUGGACCAUUAUGGAAAGCGCUUAUAUCUACAAAAAUGCAUGUUGGGUUAUUUUUAUGGCAUACAUCAGGAUUUAAAGAGUGACCCAAGUCACCGUAAUCAUGGCAACGCGUCAAAAGACAAUUUGAUUCACCCAACGUGAUAUUUGCCAUGCGUAGCGUAUAGUCGGUGUUUUUUUAAAACUAUAAAGUAAUGCCCAUAUGAAAUAGUAUGGAACGCUCGUUGAUUGCUUGCAUAUAAAAUGUAUGUCAUAGCGUAGUAGUAUUUGUAGUAAAAAAAUAAAAGACUAUUGUAAGUUGAACUAGCGCCUGGCGCGUACAAAAUUAAUCCUUUCCCGGUCUUGAAUGGUAAAAAUCAUGGAUCGUAUGCAGCGACCUUAAAUAUAUGGUGUAUUCCCAUUUGUCCCCUCCUCAUGUCACCGCUGCCAGACAUGAGACGGGGAUAAUGGGAAUGCUUUAUACAGUGUGGAAAGAUAAGUCGGGCCCUGGAGGGAAACUACCUUAAAUCCUUAACCUGGCUCAUUUUACUUAAAGGAGACAUUCCUUUAUUUUGAAAAAGAAACAAAACUGCAUUCAAAGAUUUUCUAAAACUCGUUUGCCUCGCCCGGGACUCGAACCGACUAAAAAUUCCAAAAAAUAAAAACUCGCAAUUUUAUUGUACUAGUCGAUACAGUUAAUAUUAAUGAUAACAUUUCUCCAAGAAACAUUAGGUCUUACACUCGUCUAUCGUACAAAAUAUCCAUAAAAUCUAAUAUUUAGUACUCAAGAUUUUUUUAGACAAGCGAAAUUGAAGAAAAAAAGAUAAAAUCUUUGAAUGCAGUUUUGUUUCUUUUUAAAAAUAAAGGAAUGUUUCCUUUAAGUAAAAUGAGCCAGCUUAAGGAUUUAUCUUUCCACCCUGUAUAAAUGCACCUAUUCCCAUCUGUGCCCGGCGGGGACAAAUGCGAAUACAUGGUGUAUUUCUGCCUCAACACUCAGAAAUAACAACGAUUAUAAUAGUAUAGCACUUACAGCCCGGCAAAGAAGAGUAGAAAUUAAAAAGUGGCAACACUGUAGUGUCGUCCCGUUUUCUUAUUUAAUUGAUUUGGAGGGGAGUCGUCCUACAGUGUUACCUUUUUUUAAUUUCUACUCUUUUUUGCCAGGCUAUAUAGCACUUUGGUACAAUGUAUGUUUGUGUCCUGUGCCAUAUAAAUUGUGUGAAAGUCGGCAGUAUUGCUGUAGUUAGGUAUUUAUGAAAUUAUUGCACAAAUUUAUGUAAUUUAUAAGCUUUUAUAGGUAUAAUUAUGGCUUUCAUUUCGUCGAAUUUACCUGUCUAAUAAUAUAUAUAUAUUUACAUGUUUUUGUUAGCUUAUUUUGGUUAUUGUCCUACUGAUAGGAAAAAAUUACCAAUUUUUCCAAAUGUCCCGUAACUUAGCAUGUAUUUUUUUGCGUUUCAAAGCUGCAACAGACGGGCGGACGCGACCACGGCCUUGGUCCGGUCAGCUUACAUAAUAUCUUUCGCCUUCACUCAUAGCUGCGUCCUUAACGGACGUACGGCAAACCACUUCAUCGAACAGGCUUCGGACCGUACCAAGGUCCGCCCGUCUGUUACAGCUUUUAUGUAUUUAACUUACCCCAAAAAGGUGUUUUAGAUACUUAACAUUUCAAUCCUCUACUUUUGAAACAUUAGGUACAGUAUUGAUGCUUCUUAACUGGUUAAAUUCAGAAAAUCUCUGUAUUUUAUACCGAAACGUUUUGUUAUCACCAUAAGUAGGGCAAAUCACCUGUUAAUUAGCAUCCAGAAUAUCGUAAUAACGAAAAUCUGAAUUAAUAUGUCGUUAGCAAAGGAUAUUAAGUCACACACUAUGUUUUAACGAUAAAUUAUAUUAUGACAUCCCAACGAUUUUUUACGAUAGGGACUAGAUAGGCGGUGCCGUAUAUUUUAUAUACUUGCAUUCAUUUAUUUCAAUUUAUACCGCUAUCAUAUGAUGUCACCCGCGCCUCUUCGCAAGAUAUUUUUAGGGGUCUGUUUAGGGUCACACCAACUGAUCACACGAUGACCUUAAAAAAAUUAACUGGGGUCCCUUUGUUUCCCAUAAAGUUUUAAGUCAUAAUGUAUUGUUUGUCAUAUUAUCGUUAGUCAUAAAACUGAAACCGUUGACUUUUCAGGCUUUUCGUAAGGUUAUUCUGUAGAUAGGUUAGGUUAGGUUAGGUUUGUUUUAUGGCAAUCCUGAAAAAUUCCGCGUUUCUGAGAAAAACCAAUUAUGACUAACGAAAAUUCGGACAAACAAUACAUUAUGACUUAAAACUAUUUGGGAAACAAUAGAGACCCAAAUUAA